GCUGCUGCAGCCAAGAGGUAUUUCGGAGGAGAUCUAUUUCUUUGGAGGAGAUCUACUUGGCGCGGGCUGCUGGGGGCAUUCACAUAUCGGUUGGAACGGGAGGUUUGAAUCUUGGGGGCUCUCGGUUGCAUCAAAUUUGGGCCAUGUCAUCCGAGCACAAGUCGCCGGAGACGGAAGAGCGCCUUGGUGUCGUCCGCAGUGAAGGAUCUACUGGCGGUCAGGUCGAGUCGGCGUUGGGGACGGGAGGGGGUUCAUUUCCUCCGUCUCAGGUUGUGGCGGGCGCUAUUGCGGCGGCCGCGAGGGCUGCUGCCGAUGGCGUGGAUUCACCAGCAGGUGACGUGGCUUCAACAACGCAAUCAUCCGCAGAUGUUGGUGUUGCCGAGAGCAGUGGGUUUCCGACGCAAAGUCAUGCUCGGGCCUUGGCUUCCAGCGGGGACCGCCAGCCGGAGCUCGGGCGUGCGGAUGACCAAGUCCAGGCCCACGUCAUGUCUCGUUUGGCCCAUAUGUCGGUGGGUGCUGCGGCGGGGGGAGAGCCCAGCGAGGGCACCACGCUCGCGUCUGAGAAUGCGGAAAAAAUCGCUCGUCUGGAACAAGGCCAGACGAACAUUGUGGCGCAGCUUACCGAGAUCGCUGGGUUGCUGAAGAACCUCCGGCCGGAGUCGGGGCAGGAUGGGAGUCGUGGGCCCGGGGGCUCGGGAGGCCUCGGUCUGGUGCCGGCGUCGUCGCCGUGGGGCGGGGGCGCGGGCGGGGGGGCGAGUGUGCCCGCGAGGUCCAACGCCAAAGAGGAGGCGAGGAGGGAGGCCACCAUUUGGCAGGCCAAAUACAAUCAGACACUCUGGGUACUUCGGGGGCAGCGGGGGCCGGAGCCCGGGCCACAGAAAGAGGACCUGCAGGGAUUGAUGAGCGAUAUCGUUCACGUCACGGGCGACGUCCUCGCCCAGAUGCGUGCGUUUUCGUCUUUCGACGUCAAGAGCUUCCGGCCCGUGGGGGUCGCCCGUACGUCGUCUAUUGCAGACAACUUCGACGUGAUGUGUGAGGCAGUGAUGCGGCUGUUGAAGUUUGGUCUAGAUUCGUCCACGACCGCGGGUGUGCAAUCGCUGCGGCGGUUGGAACCCAUAGCCACAGCCAUGGCGGACGCACGCUCCAGGUUUCGGACUACUCUCGUGCGGAAUAAUGAUGUGUUUCCGGACGAGUACCAGCGGGCGGCACUGCCAAGGUUACCGAACGAGGACUUCAAAUUGUGGACAACGGCGAUCAUCACCUGGAUGUACCCCUUCACGAAAAUGCAUUAUCCGCCGGACGCGUUCGACGGACACACCUUGCCGCCGGUGCCCGAGUUCCCCAACAUCAAUAACUUCUGUGAACGGGGGGUCAAUCUAUUCCGGCUGGUCCUGAGUGACGGAGGAUCCCUCCCCGGAACAGGAGAGUCGCGGGGCGGGAGCGGCAAGCGUAAGGCGGGCCAACUGGAUCGGGGUGAUUCAUCGUCACGGAAGCGUGUCACAAGGGAGUGCUUCCAGUUCCGCGACUCUGGCACGUGCUCUUUCGGCGACAAAUGCAGGGGGGCGGCGUCGCCCGGAGAGGAGGACAGGCUGACGGUGGCGACGGUGGUGGCUCGUCGUCGGCCUUGGCGGUGCGGGGUGGCAGCAAAUAGGGGUGCGGGCUCCGCCGGGUGGCGGGGCCAACUCCAGUGUCGGUUCCAGCUGAGAGGCCGCAACAGCAGCCAGGUCAUAGGGAGAUGGCGUCCCGGGCCUUGGCUGGCGUGGGGAUCCGAGGCGAGCGCUGGGAGGGCUUGCCCGGAGUGGCUUCCGACUUGGAGUCAGGUACGAGGCAAAGUUUUGAACAGGUUUCGCCGCGUGAGGUUGAAGAGUGGCGGGUGGCCGUAUCUGCGUUGGCUGCGUGUGAAGCUGCAGAACGGUACGUCCAUCUUAACCAUGUGGCGCAUGUGGGUUCAAACUUGCUUCGACGGUGUGGGGGACGCGUGGAAAGGUUCGUCGCCGCUGUUGGCCAGAAGUUCUUUCUGCCCCAUGUCGAUGUGAUGCGUGUCAAGGCGCAUUUUGGUGACGCGAAAAAGUUUCCCCGAGUAAGUCAACUUCUGAGAUCGUUGUCUCCGGGUGCGCCGGUUGACGUGGGCUUAGGUGGGAACCUGGACGCUGAAGUGGCGUACGGCAACCAUCCUAGCGCGUUACUGCACAGAGAUCGGAUCACAGACAAAGUGGUAUCGGACGUGAUCUUGGGGCGUGCGUUGGUUUUCGAUGUUCGGUUUAUCCGAGAAAUCUUAGGUGUUAGAGUGUCGCCGUUGGGCGUCAUCGACAAACCGAAGUUCAGAAUAAUUCACGAUCUCACGUUCACCUCCGGCGUGCCCAUCCGUACCAGCGUAAAUCACGAUACAGACUUUGAUCAAGCACCCGAAUGCCUCUUGGGUCAUGUUUUGAGUGAUAUUCUGAAACGGGUGCUGUAUUUGCGACAAGUACACGGCGUGUCGUUGGAAAUUCUCAUCUGCCGCAUUGAUGUGAAAGAAGCCUUCCGACAAAUCCCGGUGGAUCCGUCUCGGGCAUCGGUUUUUGGGUACACGAUCGGCGAUCACGCGGUUGUUGACCUACGGUGUCAAUUUGGAUGGCGGUCGAGCCCAGGGUUUUGGUCCUUGUUCUCGUCCGCGUUGGAACACUCACACACACACACUACAUUUCAAGACGCGUCCGUCUCUCCCGCCGGUGCUGCGGCUGUGCAGCAUGUUCAAGUAGUGUCCCCACCAGACGAAAGUACAGCGGUGCCGUUACCUGUUGAUUGCCAGACUAUUGUGGGCGACGGGGCGUUUGCUGGUUCUCCGUUUUUCGUGCGAUACUACGUUGAUGAUGGCGUGUUGAUUGAAGGGAGAUUUUUCGCUGAUGGCCGCCGAUGUUUGCGCGCGGUGCGUUCUCUCGCUACGGAUCACUUUCGUCUGCUGGGAGAGAGAGGCCCAGCAGACCCGCCGUUGUUGUCGCAAGGAAAGAUCACAGAUUUCGCUACUCGUUUGGAUGUGUUGGGUUGGACAUUGGACACUCAGCAACUCACGAUUACUAUGACCGACACGAAACAGCAGAAACUGGGACGCAUAUUGGUUUCGUGGCCCGCGACGCGGA